GGGACCAAGCCAAUUCUCCUUUGCAGCAAAAAAUUACAUGUAUAUAUUAUUAAGAUAAUAUAUACAUCUGAUCUUAUUUUUUAAAAAAAAGUUUAUUUUGCUCCAUUUUUGAAAAAGAGGGAGCGUGGGUGGCGAGCGGUUUUUACAAAUUAUUCUUAUUUUCUGCUAUCUGUCCCCGUCCCUCCCCACCCCCUGCUGAAGCCACAAUAAGGGCAGGGACCGCGGCUCCAACCUAUUGGUAACCCCUUUACCCGUCCCUCCCCCCCGCCCCGACGCCCAGCACCGUGCCCUGCACACAGUAGGCGCUCAAUAAAUGUUCGUGGAUGAUGAUGAUGAUGAUGAUGAAAAACAUGCACCAUCAACGGCAGCAGCAAGCGGACCACGCGAACGAGGCAAACUAUGCAAGAGGCACCAGACUCCCUCUUUCUGGUGAAGGACCAACUUCUCAGCCGAAUAGCUCCAAGCAAACUGUCCUGUCUUGGCAAGCUGCAAUCGAUGCUGCUAGACAGGCCAAGGCUGCCCAAACUAUGAGCACCUCCGCACCCCCACCUGUAGGAUCUCUCUCCCAAAGAAAACGUCAGCAAUACGCCAAGAGCAAAAAACAGGGUAACUCGUCCAACAGCCGACCUGCCCGUGCCCUUUUCUGUUUAUCACUCAAUAACCCCAUCCGAAGAGCCUGCAUUAGUAUAGUGGAAUGGAAACCAUUUGACAUAUUUAUAUUAUUGGCUAUUUUUGCCAAUUGUGUGGCCUUAGCUAUUUACAUCCCAUUCCCUGAAGAUGAUUCUAAUUCAACAAAUCAUAACUUGGAAAAAGUAGAAUAUGCCUUCCUGAUUAUUUUUACAGUCGAGACAUUUUUGAAGAUUAUAGCAUAUGGAUUAUUGCUACAUCCUAAUGCUUAUGUUAGGAAUGGAUGGAAUUUACUGGAUUUUGUUAUAGUAAUAGUAGGAUUGUUUAGUGUAAUUCUGGAACAAUUAACCAAAGAAACAGAAGGCGGUAACCACUCCAGUGGCAAGUCAGGAGGCUUCGAUGUCAAAGCCCUCCGAGCCUUUCGAGUGUUACGACCACUUCGACUAGUGUCAGGAGUACCCAGUUUACAAGUUGUCCUGAACUCCAUUAUAAAAGCCAUGGUUCCCCUCCUUCACAUAGCCCUUUUGGUAUUAUUUGUAAUCAUAAUCUAUGCUAUUAUAGGAUUGGAACUUUUUAUUGGAAAAAUGCACAAAACAUGUUUUUUUGCUGACUCAGAUGUCAUAGCUGAAGAGGACCCAGCGCCGUGUGCGUUCUCAGGGAAUGGACGCCAGUGUGCCGCCAAUGGCACGGAGUGUAGGAGUGGCUGGGUUGGCCCAAAUGGGGGCAUCACCAACUUCGAUAACUUUGCCUUCGCCAUGCUCACCGUGUUUCAGUGCAUCACCAUGGAGGGCUGGACAGAUGUGCUCUACUGGAUGAAUGAUGCUAUGGGAUUUGAAUUGCCCUGGGUGUAUUUUGUCAGUCUCGUCAUCUUUGGGUCAUUUUUCGUACUAAAUCUUGUACUUGGUGUAUUGAGCGGAGAAUUCUCAAAGGAAAGAGAGAAGGCUAAAGCCCGGGGAGAUUUCCAGAAGCUCCGGGAGAAGCAGCAGCUAGAGGAGGAUCUAAAGGGCUACUUGGAUUGGAUCACCCAAGCAGAGGACAUCGAUCCUGAGAACGAGGAAGAAGGAGGAGAGGAAAGCAAACGCAACACCAGCAUGCCGACCAGCGAGACAGAGUCUGUGAACACGGAGAACGUAAGUGGUGGAGGCGAGAACCAAGGCGGCUGUGGGAGUCUCUGGUGCUGGUGGAAGCGAAGAGGCACGGCCAAGGCUGGGCCCUCUGGGUGUCGGCGGUGGGGCCAAGCCAUCUCAAAAUCCAAGCUCAGCCGCCGCUGGCGCCGCUGGAACCGAUUCAAUCGCAGGAGAUGUAGGGCUGCUGUGAAGUCUGUCACAUUUUACUGGCUGGUUAUUGUCCUGGUGUUUCUCAACACCUUAACCAUUUCCUCCGAGCACUACAACCAGCCUGAUUGGUUGACGCAGAUUCAAGAUAUUGCUAACAAAGUCCUCCUGGCUCUGUUCACCUGCGAGAUGCUGGUAAAGAUGUACAGCUUGGGUCUCCAGGCGUAUUUCGUCUCUCUUUUUAAUCGGUUUGACUGCUUCGUGGUAUGUGGUGGAAUUACUGAAACCAUCCUGGUGGAGCUGGAAAUCAUGUCUCCCCUGGGGAUCUCUGUGUUUCGGUGUGUGCGCCUCUUAAGGAUUUUCAAGGUGACCAGGCACUGGACUUCCCUGAGCAACUUGGUGGCCUCCUUGUUAAACUCCAUGAAGUCCAUUGCUUCGCUGUUGCUUCUGCUUUUUCUCUUCAUCAUCAUCUUUUCCUUGCUUGGGAUGCAGCUGUUUGGUGGCAAGUUUAAUUUUGACGAAACGCAGACCAAGCGGAGCACCUUUGACAAUUUCCCUCAAGCCCUCCUGACGGUAUUCCAGAUUCUGACAGGUGAAGAUUGGAACGCUGUGAUGUAUGAUGGCAUCAUGGCCUAUGGCGGCCCGUCGUCCUCGGGAAUGAUCGUCUGCAUCUACUUCAUCAUCCUCUUCAUUUGUGGUAACUAUAUCCUACUGAAUGUCUUCUUGGCCAUCGCUGUAGACAAUCUGGCUGAUGCUGAAAGUUUGAAUACUGCCCAGAAAGAGGAAGCUGAAGAGAAGGAAAGGAAGAAGAUUGCCAGAAAGGAGAGCCUGGAGAAUAAAAAGAACAACAAACCAGAGGUCAACCAGAUAGCCAACAGUGACAAUAAGGUUACAAUUGAUGACUAUCGAGAAGAGGAUGAAGACAAGGACCCCUACCCACCUUGUGAUGUGCCAGUAGGGGAAGAGGAAGAGGAGGAGGAAGAGGAUGAACCCGAGGUUCCAGCUGGUCCCCGUCCUCGUAGAAUCUCAGAGUUGAACAUGAAGGAGAAAAUCGCCCCCAUCCCUGAAGGGAGUGCAUUCUUCAUUCUGAGCAAGACCAACCCGAUCCGCGUGGGCUGCCACAAGCUCAUCAACCAUCACAUCUUCACCAACCUCAUCCUCGUCUUCAUCAUGCUGAGUAGUGCCGCCCUUGCCGCCGAGGACCCCAUCCGCAGCCACUCCUUCCGGAACACUAUACUGGGUUACUUUGACUAUGCUUUCACAGCCAUCUUUACAGUUGAAAUCCUGUUAAAGAUGGCGACUUUUGGAGCUUUCCUCCACAAAGGGGCUUUCUGCAGGAACUACUUCAAUCUGCUGGAUAUGCUGGUUGUCGGGGUAUCCCUGGUAUCAUUCGGGAUCCAAUCCAGUGCCAUCUCCGUUGUGAAGAUUCUGAGGGUCUUAAGGGUCCUGAGGCCACUCAGGGCGAUCAACAGAGCGAAAGGACUCAAGCACGUGGUCCAGUGCGUCUUUGUGGCCAUCCGGACCAUCGGCAACAUCAUGAUCGUCACCACCCUUCUCCAGUUCAUGUUCGCCUGCAUCGGGGUCCAGUUGUUCAAGGGGAAGUUCUAUCGCUGCACGGACGAAGCCAAAAGUAACCCCGAAGAGUGCAGGGGGCUUUUCAUCCUCUACAAGGAUGGGGACGUUGAUAACCCUGUGGUCCGUGAGAGGAUUUGGCAAAAUAGUGAUUUCAACUUUGACAACGUCCUUUCUGCUAUGAUGGCGCUGUUCACGGUCUCCACGUUUGAGGGCUGGCCUGCGUUGCUGUAUAAAGCCAUCGACUCCAACGGAGAGAAUGUUGGCCCCAUCUACAACUACCGCGUGGAGAUCUCCAUCUUCUUCAUCAUCUACAUCAUCAUUGUGGCUUUCUUCAUGAUGAACAUCUUUGUGGGCUUCGUCAUCGUCACAUUUCAGGAGCAGGGAGAGAAAGAGUAUAAGAACUGUGAGCUGGACAAAAAUCAGCGUCAGUGUGUCGAAUACGCCUUGAAAGCACGUCCCUUGCGGAGAUACAUCCCCAAAAACCCCUACCAGUACAAGUUCUGGUACGUGGUGAACUCCUCGCCUUUCGAAUACAUGAUGUUUGUCCUCAUCAUGCUCAACACACUCUGCUUGGCCAUGCAGCACCACGAGCAGUCCAAGAUAUUUAAUGACGCCAUGGACAUUCUGAACAUGGUCUUCACUGGGGUGUUCACCGUCGAGAUGGUUUUGAAAGUCAUUGCAUUUAAACCUAAGGGGUAUUUUAGUGACGCCUGGAACACGUUUGACUCCCUCAUCGUAAUCGGCAGCAUUAUAGACGUGGCCCUCAGCGAAGCCGACCACUAUUUCACUGAUGCAUGGAACACUUUUGAUGCCUUAAUUGUUGUUGGUAGCGUCGUUGAUAUUGCUAUAACUGAAGUGAAUCCAACUGAAAGUGACAAUGUCCCUGUCCCCACCGCUACACCCGGGAACUCUGAAGAGAGCAAUAGAAUCUCCAUCACCUUUUUCCGUCUUUUCCGAGUGAUGCGGUUGGUGAAGCUUCUCAGCAGGGGGGAAGGCAUCCGGACACUGCUGUGGACUUUUAUAAAGUCCUUUCAGGCACUGCCCUAUGUUGCCCUCCUCAUAGCCAUGCUAUUCUUCAUCUACGCGGUUAUUGGCAUGCAGAUGUUUGGGAAGGUUGCUAUGAGAGAUAACAACCAGAUCAACAGGAACAACAAUUUCCAGACCUUUCCCCAGGCGGUGCUGCUGCUCUUCAGGUGUGCCACAGGGGAAGCCUGGCAGGAGAUCAUGCUGGCCUGCCUCCCGGGGAAGCUCUGUGACCCCGAGUCAGAUUACAGCCCCGGGGAGGAGUACACGUGUGGAAGCAACUUCGCCAUUGUUUAUUUCAUCAGUUUUUACAUGCUCUGCGCAUUUCUGAUCAUCAACCUGUUUGUAGCUGUCAUCAUGGACAACUUUGAUUAUCUGACCCGGGACUGGUCUAUUCUGGGGCCUCACCAUUUGGAUGAAUUCAAAAGAAUAUGGUCAGAAUAUGACCCUGAGGCAAAGGGAAGGAUCAAGCACCUUGAUGUGGUCACUCUGCUCCGCAGAAUCCAGCCUCCCCUGGGGUUUGGGAAAUUAUGCCCACACAGAGUAGCCUGUAAGAGACUAGUUGCCAUGAACAUGCCUCUCAACAGUGAUGGGACAGUCAUGUUUAAUGCAACUCUGUUUGCUUUGGUUCGGACGGCUCUUAAAAUCAAGACGGAAGGGAACCUGGAACAAGCUAAUGAAGAGCUCCGAGCUGUGAUAAAGAAAAUCUGGAAGAAAACCAGCAUGAAACUGCUUGACCAAGUUGUCCCUCCAGCUGGUGAUGAUGAGGUAACCGUGGGGAAGUUCUAUGCCACUUUCCUGAUACAGGACUACUUUAGGAAAUUCAAGAAACGGAAAGAACAAGGCCUGGUGGGAAAAUACCCUGCGAAGAACACCACCAUUGCCCUACAGAUGCUUGAACGGAUGCUUUAGAAUUUUCUGCCUGAGCUACAGCACCAAGCUCGUUAGUCGGAAGGCGUUUGUGGCUAAGGCCUUGAAAGGGAAAAGUCUCAAGUGGGCUUAUUUCUACUGAAACAGCAUUUCGGGAGAAAUGCAGAAAAAAAGCAAACCCAAGGCCCCAGGGAGACCCCUUCCAAGCAAAGCACUCCUCCAGAAGGCGGAAGCGGGGCCGUGGCUCAUCCGCAGAGCCAUGGCCUCCUGUCGCGGACGCUGCUCACGGUGGCUCUUUUUCAUGAAAGGGAACGUGCAAGGCUUAACAGUUUUCCCCUCCAAGCAGAGACUCAGAGAAAGGGAAAGAGAGAGAGAGAGAGAGAGAGAGAGCAAAGGAGGGGGGCAGCCGCCCCACAGAGAAUGAAAUGAACACAACUUCCUGAUGCUGGCCAGUAAAAAAUAACACGAUAAAAAGAUUAAGCAGACCUGCCUAAGGUGGGCAGCUGACUUUGUUCCAAAGUUCUGCGUCCCUAGUUUGUCCGAACUCCCAAAGACUGGCAGGCCCCUUGGCGCUGAGCUGACAGAGUUCCUUUUAUAUGCCAGUCCGCCAUGACCUACUGACCCUCCGGCCCCCACUCUCUGCAGUGACCCCGUCCAGAAUGCGUGAGAAGUGGGCAGGCCAGGAAGCUCAGACACACCAUUUAAACUAACACAUACACCCGCAUGCCCAAACCAGUCCAGGUAACACCUCAGGUUCCAUCUUAACGUGUCCACGGGAAACACCACCACACCCAAACCUCAUCCAACAUUGUCCGUCUUUAAUUCGUGCUCAAAGCCAGUCUGGGGAUGCCUCUUUGGAAGCAGUGUGGUCUAGUUUCAAGGACACUGGGAGUCAGGGAACCUGGGUUCUAGUCCCAGCUCCAGCGUUCACUUGCUGCGUGACCUUGGGCAAGACACUUAACCUCUCUGUGCCUCAGUUUCCCCAUCUGUAAAAUGGGGGUAAUAAUGUCGACCUACCUCACAGGGCUGUUGUGAGGAAUAGCUAAGUGAUUGUAAAGCACUUUGAACGUAUAAUUGCUUAUUAUUAAGACUACAACAAUAAUAAUAUCCUAUGCCUGUUUACUACCAGAACUUUAAGAAAUUCUUGUUUUUCUUUGAUCUCUUUUCUGUUCUGUACUGUAGUUAUCCACUGAGAAAGAGCAUUCUCCCCUUUCAAAGAUCUCUGGGAAGUGUAUACAGAUGUACACAGAGGUAUCUGUACAGGUCGUGUUUUCACAUCUUACAAAUGGUAGACUUUUGCUGAGAAGUUGCUUCACGAGGGAGUCCCGUGUGAAAUUUUCAGCCGAUCACAAGCAGUGCUUAAGGAGGUCUGUACAUCCAGUGCUGAGCCCAAGACCCCCAGAGGAGCCAACCUGAGUUUUGAAAUCAAUAUUCAAAAGUAACUGUAGUGUGAAAACUAGAAGUUUCUGAAGCACCUGGAGAAAAGAAGGCUCAGAAGCCCCUUUUGCCUGCCCUGGUCAGUGCAGACGAGGCUGUGUGCGUGUGUGCGCGUGCAUGAGGGGGCAUGGGGAAGGUGGUGGACAGGGCCGGCAGAACGUGGGGAAGCCCUGUUCCUGGCUGCACUCGUGCAGGAGCAGCUCAAGUGGGCAAGUGGUGUCACCGACAGGAAGAACAGUGUCAGUGGAAGGCCUACAGGCCCAUCCUGGGCACAGCUGUCAGGGUCCCUCCCAGCCCUGAGGGCUGUUCCAGUGUUGUCUUUUGUACUGUGACCUUUGCCCUUUGGUCGCAGUGGCUUAUGUUACCAGUGGUCUGGCCUGCCUGCACUUAAGUGGAUUCCCUGGCCUCACUCAUGGAAACAGGUCCGGCCCCUGAUUCUGCUCCCGUUGUGUAGACUGCUGUAAGUCUGGGAGCUCAUGGUGGGCUUUAUGGAUUCUCACAGCAGAGUCUGCGGGGCCAAAGAGCAGGUCUGACUUCACGCAGCGCCCAGGACAGUGAUGUGGGGUGGGGUUGAAAGCCGGCCAGCACACCGCGGGAUGGUUGCACCCCUUGUGAAGAUGUUGAAGUCUGUCUGUACAUGCCACUUCACAGCGGUGGCCCCCCUGCCAACAUCUAGCCCCUCUCCACAUCCCUCUGUGGUCUAGGCGGUAAAAGGCUAAUGCCUGCUGUAGCAGGGAUUUCUGGGAUCGUGCUCUGGUCUGAAGGUCUCCUCUGCACCGAUCAGGGAGUGCUUGGGAUGUACCGUUUAUUAAGAAUUUGGUGUAUCGUCCCUGAAAAGGAGGCUAGUCAGCCCUGGGAGCACAGGUGUGGGGCUCAUUCCCCAUCAGAUAAAUGACCCCCUGUUUCUGAUCCACCAGAACGUCAAGCUUAUUAAACAAUCAAGGGGCCCUGUCUCAGAGGUCCAGUGUGACCAGCCAACUGCUAAAUGGAGUCUCUGUAGGGUAAAGUCUCAGCAGGACAGCCCCCAAGCAGUGUGCAUGGCAGGCAUUUCCACACGCCUCUCUGCAGUCUUUCCAAAUAAGGGAAAACUAGAAAGCAGUGAACUUUCUAGAUGGGAUUAGGGAAUGGUUUAAAUGAAACAAGAGUCUCUGGCCCCACAUGGGCCUGGCUGUGUUGCUCAGUGACGGCACUGACUGUGGCUGCUAGCCAAGGGCAGUUCAUGGAAACAGCCAGAAGUCAGGAGGUAUACCUCCGACUUCAACUCAAAAGGGAAACAAGGCUUCCCUAAAACUUGGCGUCCAGUCAGACUGCAGACGCCUCUGUCCUUCCUCCUUAAACCUUGCCAGAAGAGUGUAGCUUUGAGUGUAGAAACGUUGCAGGAGACAACUCAAGUUAUCUGAGAAUCUUCCCCCACUCAGCAAACAUGGUACCCAACACCAGAAUCCAUGGUGCUAAAUAAACUCUUAAGCUCCUGGAUGGAAGACAGGAUGCAGGCCAGUAUCCAUCACAACCUGCGAGACUGGGCACCAGGCUGGCUGUUCAUAAAUAGAUUACACUAUGGUGGGACCCAACUAUAAAUUCGUAGGAUUAUUGGGUACUGCCUUCUGUUCUCUUUCUGAAAGGCAGGAGUUCUUUUCCCUCUGACAAUAAUAGUAAUUAUUUUCGAAAGACUUUGAGAAGAUAGAAUUACUGAACAGAAGUUACAGCAGGUGAUACUAUGUAGUAGCAAAAGGUCUUAAUUAUCAUGGUGUGCUAUUGAAUAAUACCAAUCUGACACCCUUCAUUAGCCCUCGUAUGUCAUGAUUCAAUUUUUCAUGGGAAGGAGCUUACUGUCAACUACUAACAGUUCCUAGGUUGGGAACUGUGCAAAUUCGUUCUCUGUGGCAUACCUCACAUCUAAGAGAGGUGACUAUUUGGGGUAAUGGAAGGGUACGUCAUUCUAAGGCCAUGGUGAAGGCAAUCCCCAUUAAGAAGUGCCAAAGGCUAGCUCAAGAGAAGCCAUGGUAAGGACAUUUCUUCCAAAAGCAGAGAAAGGUCAGCAGAACCACAGGAAUCGUAAGUGAGGUGAGGGGCCAGGGCCUGAAGAAAGGUUUGUGUCGCCUGUCUGGGGAUGAGCUGUCAGCCGUUCUCAAACUUCUGGGUCUCUUUUAUAUUCUUAAAAAUUAUUGAGGGCCCUUGUAUACCAGUACUUACAUUAAAAAAUAAAACAGAAAAUUUCAAAAUACAGAAUAUACAUGCACAAAGGUACCAGAAAGGUGACAUCCUCACAUGUCGUAUAGCCUUCGAAUAACCCCAUUGUGCUCCGAGGGAAUGCGUGUAUAAGGCAAAGAAUGUCCUGGUAGUGUGGACAUUACAGUCACCUCGUCAGUCCCUGGAGAUGUCCCCAGGCCACACUUUGAGAACUGCUGCUCUAGGGAAAUGAUCCCACAUAACCCUCCCCGCAAAGGGAAAGGGUACUAGAGCCUUUUUAGGAUCUCCCUAGUGAGAGAGCCUCCUGCAUAUUGCACUGCCCCUACCUUGAACUUUUUUGUCCCUCCCAGGUGCCACCCUAGGCCCAACCCACUGACUAGACAUAAAGCUACCUGUGAGCCCUGUGUCCAGCUAAGUUCAGAUGGAGCGUCGUAGGUCAUACCCCCGUGCCUGUGCUGAUCUGGAGGAAUGGGGAUCUGUGUGAUAGACAGUGUUUUCAAAGAUCGGUACUCCUCAGAGCGGCACAGCUGAGACCAGGACAUGUGCUAAGUACAGGGUCAGUUUUCUUGACACCUUAUGAUCACUGGUCCACUUCCCUGUUGACCUUAGUGAUACAAGAGUUCUGCCAAGUUAGAUGGAAGAAGGUUAACCUUGACUGAGGUCAUGUGUGGGGUCACAGGGCUAAGUGAGCACACAACUGAGACUCCAUCCCAGCCCUUGCUCCUGGAGACUCAAUGGCUUUGUCUUGGUGGUGGUCGGCGUGGGGCAGGCCUGGGGACCUGAGUCCCAGCUGAGCCUUUGUCAGUCAGGCAGGCCACUCAACCAAAUGGGGAGAAUCCUGGCUUCCCGGGAUAUAGUGGGAUAAAGUAUGUGAGAUCAUUAUGGCAGGUACAAAGAUGCUAACAGAAUAGAAAUCAUGAUUUGAGGCUUCUGCUGAACUUUAAUACUCCGUUAUCAAGAAACUGGCAGGAAUUGCUCUGAGUCUGGUGUCAGACUACAACCAAGAAUCAAGGUUGCUCAGAUAGGUCUGUCAGAUCGCUUGCAGGGAGACGUCAUAGAUCUCUUUAGAUAAUUUUUUUUUUAAAAAAAGAUUCCUUUAUCUUUCAAAGUGGUGGUAACAAACUUGAUGUGUACUGCUGAGUGCGAUGCCAGGAGUCACUUAGGCAGUGACAUUACAGUUGACCUUUCAGCCAGGAUCAGAAUCCCUGUGGGUGGCCCAUGGAGUGGCGCGCUCUUGAUUCUAACCCUUUACAUAUGACUCAAGGACAGUGCAUAAUGGACGCAAAGGCCCCACUGUCACAUUUUCCCUGGAGGAAAAGGAUGACAAAAGAAAGGGUGUGCCCGUGUGUGCUAUGUGUGCCUGUGUGUUUGCGGGGGCAGUGGAGGACAGCUUGUAGAUGAGCUGGUUUAUUCUAUAAGAAUUCAGUCUCCAGUUCUUUCUUCUGAUGGAGCUAGUCUGAAACAAUGCCCUCUGAUGCGACAGGGGCUGAAUCCUGCUAAAGGGUUAAUCAGAACUUGCCUUUAAUGAGACGGGUGUGUAGGGCCGGCCCUGGCCAAGCGAAGCCUGUGAUGGAGAACAGGCUAUAGCAGACAGGGGGGGUCUUUGGCUGGAGUCUGAAAGCCUGGCACUGGCGUCCGAAGAUGAAUGGCCCGGCCCGGUCCCGACUGGAGACGCACAUCUCUUAUCUCCACUGUUACAGUGUACGUUCGGGGGAGUGUUCUGGCGUCUGUCUCUGCUUUCUCUGGUGCUGAGAGCCGGCGGCUCCUGGUGUGUCUGACAGAGCUAGCUUAGGAAGGCAGCCAGCACGGCAUCUCAUGCACCCAGGUAGGGAGAACUCACCCUAACAGUGGGUGAGAGAAAGGAAGGUAAAUGAAUAUUCAUAUCUGAUGUUAAAAUACCAUAGUUUUACGCUAUUGCUUCAGAAAUAUUUAGAGAGAUUUUAUAGUUUGUUUUUGUUUGUUUGUUUGGGUGACCUAAUCAUUCUAUAGAGUAAAUAUCUAUAAAAUUCCAAUUAAAUGGUGUCUAAAACUUAAAGCAGCAGUCUACGGGCAAAGCGCCAACGUUUCUUUUUUUUAAAAGAUAUUUAUGAUACCAUCUAGCGUUUAAAAAUCAACCAGAAACUAGGCUUGAUUCUGUUUAAUAUUUUAUACGAUUGGACAUCUUAAAUCAAAAAUGUUUCUAUUUUAUAGCAAUUCUGUGUUUAUUCAAAACCAUAAUUCUACUGUGAUGUUAAUGGAAUGACUAUACAGCUUUCAUUGUGUUGGUUUAAGUGCUAAAUGACCACGUUUCAAAUUAAAGUAGUAUUUUGCUGAUUGAGGUAGACACCGAUAUGAAAAAUGAAAGAACAGAUCAUUUUACUGGUUGUAAAGUGUUUAUUUAAAAAAAAAAAAUGUUUUGUUUUGUUUUGUUUUUUUUAGUGGUAUGAAAAAAAGUAAUUUUUUCAAGAGUUUAAGAUAGUUUUCUGGGAUUGGAAUUUGUGCCUAUGGAAACUUUGGAGCAGCCUAAGCUACCUGUUAGCUUGAUAUGUGUGCUAGAAAAAUUUCAUUACCAUGUUUUGUGAUAUGUAAUAAAUUCAGGGUGCUGUGCUUAAGCUUCAUUUCAGUUCAAGUUUGGGAACAUCUGUUUCCUUCAUUCCCAGACCUAGCAGACACCCCACCUCCCAUAGCCCCCCGCCCCGUCCUUCCCCAGAUCCCGUGUGAAAGAGUCAAGUCAGGCCCUGACUCGCAGAAGAUGUGUUUCUUCCUGCGUGGAGCAAGCAAAACAUAACCAUGAUCUCUAAACCUCUGCCUUUGUGUCGAGGAAGGGUGAUGCUUUCUAUCCUCCUUUGAUGUCUCUUUAAUAAAUAUGUUGUCAUUAUUUGUCCUUGGAAGUGGCCUCUUGAGCCGCCUCUCAGUUUUCUCCAUGAUUUAUGUUGCAAACAAAUUCUCUGUCCUGUGUCUGUUCACCACUCUCCUGAUCUUGUGUACCAUUGAAGACAUGCUGGAGACCGUUUUUGUUUUUAUGAUGCAAUUAUGUUAUAUGUGUAUUUCAGUGAAAUGUCAACCCGUCAACAGAGGAUGAUGUUAAAAAUUAUCCAAAUAAAUAGUUUUCUAUUUCUUUUAA